AACAUUUUAGUUCUAGUGACGUCCCUGACUCCUAUCCUUUAACUUUUUGUCUGAAAAUAAAAUAUACGUUUUUCUUAACUGCGUUACCCACUCCAGUCAGCAGAUGGCGGUCUGCGACUUUAAGGCAAUGCUGCUACUGUGACGUAUAAUCUAGUGGACGGAACGCUUCUUUCAACAGCAGCAACAGACAGUCAGCAACCUCGGUAGCUUGCUAGCCAAAAUAGCCGAUCCAAUAAAGCUCUUCAGACGCUUUAGUGUAUAUUAGCCACUGUGUUUUAAACCCUCGUCUGUCGUCUAGUUAGUUGUCGAUUUAAUUUCAUAUUUACGGUGUUGUAGUUAUUAGUCAGUUAGCGGGCUGGUUAAGUUAGCAUUAGCCUAGCUAACAUCCCCGACCAUGCGGUCACUAAGCUACUCUCCUAAAGAAGAGGAGAUCUGCUGGACGAAGAAAGAGGUUAUGUGGCUAAACAUUGUCGUGAAAGAGGAGGAAGAGGAUGUCAAAAUACAAAAACAGGUAGACGGUGAGGCUGUUACAGUGAAAGAAGAGAAAGACGUUUCAGUGAAAGAAGAGGAAGAUGCGUUCAGAGUGAAAGAGGAGGAGGAUGUUACAGUGAAAGAGGAGGAGAAAGAGGAAGAUUCUGUUUUUGGAGUGAAAGAGGAGGAGGGGGAGAUGACUGUCACAUUGGAGGAAGGGGAGGAUGAAGAUGAGGAAACUGGAUAUCUGGGCUCGGUUUCCCAAAGGCAUGUUAAGGCAUACAAUGGCUCUAACGAUGAACGGGCCCUGAUUAACACUAGAGAGAGACGUGACUAUCGUGGAUCCUAUGGGGAGCCUCAACAACCUCAUGAUGCUGAGGAGGCAGAGAAGAGUCUCUCCACAUCGAAACACCAGCAGAGAACCACAGGGAAGAAAUCUCAUUGCUGCUCUGACUGUGGGAAAGGUUGCACAUCUUCAUCAGAACUUAAAAUACACCAGAGAACACACACAGGAGAGAAACCUUAUAGCUGUGAUCAAUGUGGGAUGAGUUUUACUACAUCAAGCCAUCUGAUUCGACACCAGAGAUCACACACAGGAGAGAAACCUUAUAGCUGUGAUCAAUGUGAGAAGAGUUUUACUACAUCUUGCUAUCUGACUGUACACCAGAGAACACACACAGGAGAGAAGCCUUAUAUCUGUGAUCAAUGUGGGAAGAGUUUUCCUACAUCUAGCCAGCUGAGUUCACACCAGAGAAUACACACAGGAGAGAAACCUUAUAGCUGUGAUCAAUGUGGGAAGAGUUUUACUACAUCAAGCCAGCUGACUUCACACCAGAGAACACACACAGGAGAGAAACCUCAUAGCUGUGAUCAAUGUGGACAGAACAUGGACACAAUGCAAUUGGGAUCAAGAAGAAGGACUCGAGAGCACAGCAGUGAUUCUGCUCUUGCCCAACCUCUUCAAUGAGGACCCGAGUGGCCUUUAUGUCCGUGGCAAGAUUUCACCGCUCCUCACUCCUUUACUGCACAUCGGCGGAAAUCCAUUUCACCAUGAGAGUGAAAUCCCGCUGGCCUUUGAUGGGGAGAACAUCCACGCCCUCGAGGACGUCCCCAUGGGACAUGGGGCUCUGCUAGGGCUGUAUUUUAAAAUUUAUGUUCUAAAGUUACUGUGUUCUGGGGAUAAGAGAAGUUGGGGUGAAAUUACCAGGGCCGGUCAUAAAGAUGGCAAACUUCCUAACAUGACUAAGUGGAUACGAUAUACACACUAAAGCUGAAAAAUCUGUAUUUAGCAUCAAGUCUACAAUAUUGUUAGUUUACCUAUGAUUUAUUUUUAAUGUAUGUUGUUUUUAUUGUACAUCAUUAUUUUAGAUUUUUUAAAUGUCCUGAAAAGCACUAUACAAAGUAAAUGUAUUAUUUAUUAUGGUCUGACAUGUCUGCAGAAAUGUUGCAAUUUUGUCAUGUGUUUUUUUUUUUGUAAAUUGUUUUGUAAAUAUUAAUUCACAUU